AUGUUCAUACAUCCAGAUUACAGCCCUGCAUCUCCAGCUAUCUACGAGUUACUUUAUGUACCACUGGAAGGACCGUUAAGACCUGUUCUUGAGUACAUUGAUCUGGUCAGCAGUGAUGAUGAAGAGCCUAGCACCUCUCAUAGUGAUGAUAACGUUAAGCAUAAAGACUAUAUUGACCAUCAGAAGGAUAAGGUUGCUUUAACUCUGGCUCGUCUAGCCCGCCAUGUUGAAGUGGAGAAACAGCAGAAGGAAGAGAAGAAUAGAGCAUUCAGGGAAAAAGUCGAUUUUCAGCAUGCUCAUGGGUUACAAGAAUUGGAAUUUAUUCGAGGACAUUCUGAUACAGAAGCGGCAAGACUGUGUGUGGACCAGUGGCUAAAAAUGCCAGGACUCAAAACAGGAACAAUUAAUUCUGGAACAAAAAGUUCAUUCCGAAGAGGAGGCCAAAUGCGAGUGUCUGGAAAACCAAUUUUAUGUCCCAUUAUGCACUGUAACAAGGAAUUUGAUAAUGGGCACCUUCUCUUAGGACAUUUGAAAAGGUUUGAUCACUCUCCAUGUGAUCCAACAAUUACACUACAUGGACCAUUCUUCAGUUCCUUUGCUUGUGUAGUAUGUUACAAAAAUUUUGUUACUCAACAGCAAUAUAGGGAUCACCUUUUUGCUAAGGAAGCUACAGAUGAUGAACAUAACAACAACCUUCUUCCUCAGAUUAUUCAGUGUUAUGCGUGUCCACAUUGCUUCCUUCUUUUUAGCAGCAAGGAUGAGUGUUUGAAGCAUAUGUCUGGAAAGAAUCAUUUCCAUCAGAAUUUUAAACUGGGUGAUGACCAGGGAAUAGCACAUCCAAUAUCAUUUCCAUCUUUUGCAAAGAAACUUCUGAUCUCUUUGUGCAAAGAUGUCCCAUUUCAAGUUAAGUGUGUGGCCUGCCACCAGACACUGCGUUCCCACAUGGAGCUCACUGCCCAUUUCAGAGUUCGUUGUCGAAAUGCUGGUCCUGUAGCUGUAGCUGAGAAGAGCAUUGCCCAAGUUGCAGAAAAAUUCCUAUUAAAAGGUUAUUGUCCAAAUUGCAACCAAGUCUUUAUGGAUGAAAACAGUACCCGAAAUCACAAGCAGAAUUCAGGGCACAAAAUCCGAGUCAUUACCUCAAUGGAAGAAUCAGUCUUACUUUAUUGCCACAGCAGUGAAGGGAAUAAACCUUCUUCUGACUUGCAUCUCUUGCUAGAUCAAUCAAAAUUUUCAUCACUUAAAAGAACUAUGUCUGUUCAAGAAUCUAGCUCACAAGAUUGCACCACUGUUCCAAAAAAGAAGAUGAGUUUAGAAGGUAGAAACCAUGAAGGUAUGGUUUGUGUUCAGAAGGAAAAGUCAGUUGUAAAAACUUGGUUUUGUGAAUGUCAUCAACGAUUCCCAAGUGAAGACGCAGUGGAAAAGCAUGUUUUCUCAGCAAACACAAUGUGUUAUAAGUGUGUGGUCUGUGGAAAGGUGUGUGAAGAUUCAGGGGUCAUCCGUUUACAUAUGAGCCGGAUUCAUGGAGGGGCACAUUUAAAUAACUUUCUUUUCUGGUGUCGGACAUGCAAAAAGGAAAUAAUGAGAAAAGAGGCUAUCAUGGCACACGUGACUGAAUUCCAUAAUGGACACAGGUAUUUUUAUGAGACGGAUGAGGUAGAAGGCGAAACGUUGCCAUCAUCUUCUGCAACGCUGGUGAGUAAUGUGACUGCUAAGAAUCCUUCUUCAGCUAUUACUGUUAUUGAUCAUUCUCCAGCAAACAGUCCUCCAAGGGGUAAAUGGCAAUGCCGAAUUUGUGAAGAUAUGUUUGAUUCCCAAGAAUGUGUAAAACAACAUUGCAUGUCUGUAGCAAGUCACCAGUUUCAUAGAUAUAGCUGUGCCCAUUGCAAAAAGACUUUUCACAAGAUAGAAACACUAUACCGCCAUUGCCAAGAUGAGCAUAACAAUGAAAUAAAGGUUAAGUACUUCUGUGGGCUUUGUGAUCUUAUCUUUAAUGUGGAAGAAGCAUUUUUAAGUCAUUAUAAGGAGCACCACAGCAUAGAUUAUGUGUUUGUGCCUGAAAAAACUGAAACUUCAAUUAAAACUGAGACAGAUUUUCCAGUAAUAGAGACCAGUAACUUGUUAACCUGUGGUUGCCAUGAGAGUUACAUCUGUAAAGUCAACAGAAAGGAAGAUUAUAGUAGAUGUCUCCAAACCAUGUUGGAUAAAGGUAAACUGUGGUUUCGCUGCAGCUUGUGUUCAGCAACAGCACAGAGCGUAGCCGACAUUAAUACUCAUAUCCAUCAAGUGCACAAAGAAGAAAACAGUGAAGAGGAAGAGGAGCAGCAGUAUGUGAUCAAGUGUGGCACCUGCACUAAAGCAUUUCAUGAUCCUGAGAGUGCUCAGCAGCACUUCCAUAGAAAACAUUGCUUUUUACGGAAACCCAGUGUGGCUCAUUUUGGAUCUGAGAAAACAAGCCCGUACAAGUUUGCUGCCAGUGCCUCACGUACAGAGAGAAAACUGAAACAGACAGUAAGCCCUCCAAAAAAUUCAGACGUGGAGAAAGGAGCUGAGAAUGACCUAAGCUGUCAGAAUAUAGAUGAAGAAGUUGUUGAGCUUCCAGAUUUGGAUUAUCUGCGAACCAUGACUCAUAUAGUCUUUGUAGACUUUGAUAACUGGUCAAACUUUUUUGGUCAUCUACCAGGCCACCUUAACCAAGGAACAUUUAUUUGGGGUUUUCAAGGAGGAAACACCAAUUGGAAGCCUCCACUCAACUGUAAGAUUUAUAAUUACCUGAAUAGGAUUGGAUGCUUCUUCCUUCAUCCUCGUUGUAGUAAAAGAAAAGAUGCUGCUGAUUUUGCCAUAUGUAUGCAUGCUGGCCGUCUAGAUGAACAACUACCCAAGCAAAUUCCUUUCACCAUCCUCUCAGGAGAUCAAGGUUUUCUGGAGCUAGAGAAUCAAUUUAAGAAGACUCAGAGGCCAGCACAUAUACUAAACCCUCACCAUUUAGAGGGAGAUAUGAUGUGUGCCUUGUUAAAUAGCAUAUCUGAUACCACCAAAGAAUGUGACAGUGAUGAUAACCUGGGUAUAAAAAAUACUUCAGUAGAAGAAGAAUUGAGAUCCACAGAAGAGAUAGAGACAGCCAGCGAGAGAGGGAACACAAGCAGGGGAGUGGGAGAGGAUAUGGAUCUCUUUCAGUUUCUUCCUGGAGUUUGUUGA